AUGGAUCUGUGGUGGCUGCUCCUGUUAGGGCUGUGGACAGCCGCGCCACCCACCUGGGCUGGGGACGGGCUGCUCAAUGUCUGCAUGAACACCAAAUACCACAAGCAAGAGCCUGGCCCAGAAGACCAGCUCUACGAAGAGUGCAGCCCCUGGCGAGGCAAUGCGUGCUGCAGGGCAGGCACCAGCCUGGACGCCCACCUGGACCUGCCCUUGCUCUCCAACUUCAGCUUGCACCACUGUGGGGUGAUGCUGCCAGGCUGCGAGAAGCACUUCCUCCAGGCCGUCUGCUUCUACCAGUGCUCCCCAAACCUGGGGCCUUGGAUCCAGAAGCUGGACUCGGGCGGGCCAGGCGAGCGAAUUCUGGAGGUGCCCCUGUGCUGGGAGGACUGUGAGCAGUGGUGGGAAGACUGCCGCACGUCUUACACUUGCAAAGCUGACUGGCGCAGCUGGGACUGGAGUGGGGGCAAGAACCUGUGCCCGGCACAAGCCUUCUGCCACCCUUUCCCCCAUUACUUCCCCACCCCGGUUGACCUGUGUGAGAAGAUUUGGAGUCACUCCUUCAAGGCGAGCCCUGAGCACCGGAACAGCGGGCUGUGCCUACAGAAGUGGUUUGAGCCUGCUCAGGGCAACCCCAAUGUGGCCGUGGCCCGCCUCUUCGCCAGCACGGCCCUGUCCCGGGACCGCCCCUGCAUGCUCCUGGCCUUCUCUCUGCUCCUGGCGUUCCUGUCCUCAGAGCCCCUUCUUCUCCCACCCACAUUCCUCCUUUCUUGGGUCCUUCCCUUAAAUAGAGCAGCAUAG